CUCCAGCCGUCCCUGCGUGGCUCUCGCGUCUCCGACUAGGUUUUUUUUUUUUUUUCCCAUUUUACGCCCGCUUUUAUUUUGGUUUGCGUCGCUCUAAAUUGCACCCACACACGGCCCAAAUGUACACCCCAGGAAAGAACAAGGGACCGUGCGUUUUGUAAAAGUUGUGAAAUCCGAUAGCUGAGGAAAAAAAAAAAAAAGUGGCUGUAAUGAGAAGCAACCUUUGGAAUUCCUCCUCGUGAAAAUUCCGAUUGUGCUGUUUUCCUUCUCUUGUUUUUAGGCUUGAAGACAUGAUCACUAGCACCAGUAUUUAUGGUCUAAAGAUGCAGUGGACCCCAGAGCACACACAAUGGGCAGAACAACACUUUGACAUCUCUUCCACUACCCGCUCACCAGCACACAAAGUAGAGGCCUACCGGGGUCACUUACAGCGAACAUACCAGUAUGCGUGGGCAAAUGAUGACAUCUCUGCGCUGACUGCCUCCAACCUGCUUAAGAAAUAUGCAGAGAAGUACUCUGGGAUCCUAGAGGUUCCAAAUGAAAGAGCCCUGCUGUGUUCCUACUCUGAUAGCACCACUGGACUCAUGAAUGGACGAAAGUCAGAGAAUGAGUCCUGGCAGGAGGGGAUUUACCCAAUGAACUGUGCUCCAGAUGUUAUAUCUGUGAGCAAAGCUGGAAUGACAGCUGCCCUACCCCCUACAGAUGUGUCGGCUAGCAUAGGCAGCUCCCCGGGGGUGGCCAGCAGCUUGUCUGAGCCCAGCUAUUCCAGUAGUAACUGUGGGAGCCACACAGCCACAACUCUCCACUCGGGCCUCUCCUCUCAGGAAUAUACCGCCAGCUACAACGGCUCCUACCUGCAUUCGAGCUUCAGUGGCCAGAGUACCCCAGCCCUCCCCUCCCCACACCCCUCUCCUUUGCACAGCGCCGGGCUCUUACAGCCACCACCCCCACCACCUCCCCCUACCUUAGUGCCUAGCUACAAUGCUGGGUCUCCCAACCUUCCCAACUACAAUUAUCCUCCAACAGGCUACCCUUCUCAGACUGCUGUUGGCCCUGGUUAUAGCCCUGGGGGGGCACCCCCUCCUUCUGCUUAUCUGCCGUCCGGUAUUGCAGCUCCUACACCAAUCCCUCCUUCCUCACUGCCUGGCUACACUUACCAGUCCCACAGUCAUACACCAAUUGCACCAACACCUUUGAACGGCAGCACAUCUAACUCAUUAAAACGAAAAGCUUUCUACAUGAGUGGACAUGGAGAUAUGGACUCAAACUAUGGUAAUUUCAACUACAACCAACAGCGCUCUUCACAGAGCCCCAUGUAUAGGGUAACAGACAGCAGUGUGUCAGACUCAAACAGGGGCAAUGGCUUUGACAGAAAUGCUGAGGCAUCAUCUUUAGCUUUUAAGACGACCAAACAGCCAAUGUCUUCUGAUCCUCAACGAAAAUUUAAUAUCUCCUCGGGCAGAGCACUAACUCCUCCAUCCUAUGUAUCAACCAAAAGCUCUGUGGGUGAUCUGAGAACUGGUGAGCCCUACAGCAAGUUUGGAUCCCCCAUCAUGAAUGAACAAACUGAAGAGCACAGGCAACAUCUCUCUCACUCCAUAACAGGGACUGACAUUGGUACGGCUACCUCGGCAAUCCAUGCUGCAGAGGAACAACUGAAGAACAGUGAUUCCAACCUGGUGGAGAUGGUGUCUACGGAAAUCCUUCAGCAAGGCCCUCCAGUGGACUGGAGUGAUAUAGCAGGUAUGGAUAUGGUCAAAGCAGCCAUCAAAGAGGAGAUACUAUGGCCCAUUUUAAGGCCAGAUAUGUUUAGUGGACUUGCCACAUUACCUCGAAGCCUCCUUUUAUUUGGACCUCAGGGAACUGGUAGAACACUGCUGGCCCGCUGCAUGGCUAGCCAACUGGGCGCUGCUUUCUUGCGACUGAGCAGUUCAGCGCUGGUGACUAAAUGGCUGGGGGAAGGAGACAAAAUUAUCCAGGCAUCUUUCUUGGUGGCCCGGUGUCGCCAACCAGCAGUGGUUUUUAUCAGUGAGAUAGACCUGCUGUUGUCAGCCCAGCUCAGUGAGGAGAGCCCAGUGAACCGCCUUAAGGCUGAACUCCUCAUGCAGCUUGACAGUAUUCUGACCUCUGCUGAGGACCAUGUCCUCGUGGUCUGCUCUACCAAUAAGCCUGAAGAGAUCCCAGAGUCCCUACGGAGGUACUUUACCAAGCGACUGCUCAUCCCGUUGCCUGAUGGGACAGCACGACACCAGAUAAUCAGCCAACUGCUCUCACAGCACAACUACUGUCUUAGUGACAAAGAGAUGUCACUUUUAGUUCAGAGGACAGAGGGCUUUUCGGGACUGGACCUAGCCCAGCUGUGUCAAGAGGCUGUGGUAGGUCCUCUCCAUGGCUUGCCUGGUACUGACUUAUCAACCAUUCACCCUAGUCAGAUGAGACCUGUUUCCUACCAAGACUUUGAAAAUGUGUUUUGCAAAUUCCAGCCCAACAUAUCACAAAAAGAACUUGACAUGUAUACUGAAUGGAACAAAAUGUUUGGUUGUAGUCAAUGAGAAACAUCACCAAUCAUGUAAACCCAGUUACUGAACACAAAUAAUGUUUGACCUUCAGUAAACAUACUGAGCUAGAAAAAACACUGGUGACAUGAACAUAUACAGCAAAGAGAUUGUCCUUGAUGGCUUUAGUCAAAAGAUGCCCUUAUGGAAACCCUGCAUUGGUGAAAAUAUAAACACAUAAAUAAAUGCUUUAUAUGGCUGAAGCCAUAAAACUGAAAUGACUUGUAGAUGAUGCCCUUCUCCCUGUUUUGUAUAUACAUAUAUAAAUAUAAAUAUAUAAAUAUAUAUAUAUAUAUAAUUCUGCUGAUCUUGAGAUUUAGUGGCUAUCAAGUGCCUGAGGUGGUGCUGUUAUUUUCUUUUCUUUUUUGUUUUGCCUCACAAUCUUCAUUGGUGACGUUUUAUAAUAUAAAAAGCUUUAAAAUGAGACAAAAACUUGCUUUCUCUCUCCAUUGGAACAGUAUUCUACAACUGUGUCUGUUUAGUGCUCUUUGUGAACAGUUGUGGUUAUUUUCAGCUAAAUUAAAAUUAUUGGCAUAAUUUAAUUUGGACUCCAUAUUCCUACACAAGUUUCUGUGCAUGUCAAAUCAUUCAGUUACAAUAACAAGAUAACAAUGACAGUCACUUUCUUUGCUAGAAGAAACUAUUUAAAAAAAAUAUUUUUCUAGCAAACUCUAAUUUGGUUGCUGUAGUAGACUCUAUUAUGGAUUAAAUUCAUACAAUGAUAUUAUUUUACAAUUUAAGUUCAGCAUCCAUAAAUUGCUGUGUAUUUACUUUUAAACAUUGACACUAUAGUAAUUCAGUGUUAACCAUAAAUAUAACGUGCCAUUAUUUCUUUUGAUGUUCUCUAUUGAAAACUCAGGAAAGUGGUGAUAUGUAUAGUACCUCAUCAUCUUGUGUCAAAGCACUACACAUUACAAGCGCAUUUGGCUUGCAUUUGAAACUGCAUAAUCACACCAUGGAAGGCUAUAAUACCUCAAAAUGAUCAAAGUGAAAUGAAAUGAUAAAGUUAACAGUGAAUGUAUGAGAGUAUUCUGUUCCUUACAUUUGGAUUUGUUUGAAAUUAUGAUUGGAGAUUUGCCUUUGAAAAGAAUGGACGCAUUAUAUAUCUUGAAUUGUAGCCUUGAGGCUGUUUGUCUUUGUAACACAGUUGAUUUGCUGUUGGCUAUCACUAGGAAACCUUCAUUUCCAUCAAGCACAAUGAUCCCGUUCCUUUAGUUUACUGCAGAACUGUUCAGCUUGUGGCUAUGUAGAGCAGAGAGAAAUUUGAAAGGUUCAGACUAACAUCUUGGGGUUGGAGAAGACAAACGCUGCAAGCUAUGUCAUUCCAUUCUGCUGCUGUUUUAUCAUUAAUGAAACCUAAGGAUUAUGUAUAACCUAAGUUCCUUUCUACCUCAGUUUGUUAGUUAUCUCUGAAAGGCAAAUUCAUGAAGACAGCAAAAUGUCAGCACCUAUUGUAUUUGUUUGAUGAGGACACCUUUUGAGACAACGCCAAACAUUGUGGUUAUGUGCAAAAUCUCUGUGCGUUUCUGAAACCCUGUCUCUCGCCACAUGAUGCACUUAAAGGGGCAUACCACUUAACAGGUCUGGGAUGUGUUUGCUUAGAUUUAGUGAUUCCUGUCGCUAUUGUUUGUUUCAAUGUGGAUCAGAUCUUUUUGCAGCUACAUGGUUGAAAAGGCAAUUGAAUGACAUCUGUGAAUCCAGACGUUAUGUGCACAUUUUCUAGCAUGAAACUAUGUGUAAAUUUAUAACACAAAGUUUGCCAAAAACUGUCUUAGGCCUUGACUGUAACAUUUGUGAUCUGAGUAGCUCUCUUUUCAAAGCCUAGUCUCUUAGAAUCUGUGCACAUGACGGUGCUUGUCGUCAUUGCUACAAUUGUUCUUAAUCACUACUUGUCGCCAUUGAUCAGUACAAAUUCCACAACAUCUGAGGCAGAGAAAGAGCAGGUCUGACGGCUGAAUUGGCAAGCAAAAAAUGUUACUGAAUGUAUUAUGUCCUCUGAGCAGUAAGGAAAGCAAAGAACUCGCACAUUGAAAAUGGCACUGAAGUAGAUAGCACUGUCGGAGUAGGUGAAUAGUUCCUUUUGUGUUUGUCGCCUAUUGCACAUUUUUACAUGUUUAUAUGCUUAAUGGAGCAGAUCUGAUCACUGCCACUUGGUUUGUCAUCAUAACCUUCCCACACCUUCAUCAAAACUCAAACAAUAACAGAGAAACUACGUAGCAGCAAAAAAAAAAAAUUAAAAAAAAAAAAGCCAGCAAACUUGCCAAGAAUAAUAUCUUGCUGUAGUUUCACAUUUUCUCUGUUUUGAAAGAUGUGUGUUCCGCUCACAAGAUGACUGGAAGAUUUUUUUUUUUUUUUUCAUUUGCAGGUUACAGUGUGUUAUUCACCAGUUCAUCAGUUGUUAUCAAAACAUUCAGUUGAAAUCAUGCACUAUAAAUCAAGGUUAUGUUGACUUUCAUGUAACCUAACAGACAACUAUGUACAACAUGAAUUCCAGUUUGCACCAAUGUUUUCCUUUUCAGAUCAAUCUUGUUUCACUUGAGAGCGAUUUUCACAUUAAGUUUUUUCACCUUAGACUGACUCACUGGGAUUGGUUUGAUGAAAUUUGGCAAAAAGCUUUUUCUUUUUUUUUUUCUUUUUUUUUUUAACACCAACACUUACUUUUGCUUUCACCAAAUUUUCUAUAUAGAGAAGUUUGGACACCUCAAAAUUUAACAAAUUCCCCAAAAGAAACCAAGAUUGCCCCUUCACUAUUAUGUCAGCUAUUAUUGCACUUCGAGGUGUUUGAUGAUUGAAAUCCAAAGCCAAAGUAAAACAGCUUUUAAUUAUGAAGAAAUUGUUUUUGGAAGGGGUUGUGAAUUUCAGUGUCCUUAAAGCUACAAUGAAAGCUGUUGAUAUUUAAUAUUGGCGAAUUUAUAGCACUCUCAUUGGGCAUUGUCAAGUGAUUGUAUUGCAUCAUGUUAUAUUUUUAGCAUAUUUGUGAGUUUGCAAACCGUUUGUAAUUUUUCACUUUUGCAUUUUGUGAGUUAACGGACAUCGACCCUUUCUUCUGGAAUGUGACUGAUUUGUAAAUGUUUGAAAAUGCCAAAAAAUGUCACAGAACAUGCAGCAUAUUGUUGUAUUCUGUUUUACUGUGUCUAAUUUUCAUAUAAAAGAUAUCUGUCAGGCAAAAAAGAAACCUUGUUUAGCAUUAACAAGCACAAAUUUCAUCUGUUUUGGAGGUCAAUGUUCACAGAUUUAUGGAGAGAUGUAAAAAGGAGAAAUAUUCCCCUCAAAGUUGAACUUGUAAUUACUCGGACAACAACAGAUCCAGUUUCAUAUUUGCUAUUUUGUUUUUUUUUUUGUUUUACAUUUUACAUUUGUGUCCCUAACGGUGCAAUAGAGCAAAGUGUAACACAAGUCACAUUGUUAAAAAGUUACAUUUAUGUGGUUUUAAUUCACAAUUAAUGAAGAAAAAUGGAGAUCUUAUAUUAAUCAUGAUAUGAAGACAAUUGCAACAGGGGUCAAAUUUAUUCCAGAAAGUGUAAAUUUAACAAGCUGUUGAUGUUUUCAUUAAAAUCAGUCGCUCAUUAUUAAGGAUGGUGUGAUGAAAAGGCCUACAGUCCCAAAUAACACCUUACCAAAUCCUCUGAAAAGCACAUCAAGUAUCACAGUGAUGCCAACUCAGUCACUUGAAUUGCUUUUUUUCAGAACAUGUCAGUAUUUCUGUGUUGCAUUUUGUUUGGAACUGUUUGAGAUUUUUGAUUCCAUCCUUAUGUAGUUUUAUAGUCUGGCAUUCUUUAUAACCAUUUCUACCUCAUUGAUUGUACAUGUAGUACUUAUGUCCUGUCAUUUUGAAUGUCUUGCAUUUGUGGAUAAAAAGUUAAAAUGACAACAACAAAAAAAUGAACAAAAAAAAAAAAAAAAAAAGAAAAAGGAAAAAAAAAAGGUUUGCCCUGAAAUCUGAGCAGUCUACCUCAGAAAGACUGUCUUUACACUGUCAAGUUCAAGUCGCAGAAAAAUUAAGGCACCUUGAGGGCAGAGAUGAAGUUAACCUGCACACUGACUUUCUCACAUUUACAAUCUUACAUUUCCAUUGAAUUGUUGCAGACUGUCUUCUACAAGGUCUCCAAUGCAAAUUAAUUUCCUAAAAAGUAACAAAUUGCUUUAAUCUUUUGUGAAUUGUUGUAGUGCGCAUGUUGAUGUGUAAGUAUGUGCACUUGCAAUUCUACAUGCAAGUAUGAGGGGAUAAUGUUAAGGACUGAAAAUUUUGAAUUUUUACUUUUCAUAUACAUGUACAGAAAAUAAACUUGCACAUAGCUGUAUGUAUUGUACAUUUGCUAAUGAUAUACAGCAUACAUACAAAAUGCACCACAUACAUGUUUAUAUGUGUGUAUGUAUUGCCAUACUUACCAGUACAGUCAAUUUAAAUGUAUUUUAAUUUCAAGGUACCUUUAAAAAAAAG